UCUACUUUCCGGAAUUUUGAUUAUCCUUUCUUUGAAUUCGUAUAUUUAGACAUAUCAGAAAUUCAUACGCAGGAAAGCGAUAAGACACCAUCCGAAGAUACACGCGCACGCGCUGAUGAAUUAGAGGAGUACGAAUAUCAUCACGACAGGAGGAUUUCCGUGCUUUUUGUUCUUGUCAUCAUGAUAGGUUAUACAGCCGGUGGCGCAUGCCUUAUGCAGCUCUGGGAGAAUUGGACUUUCAUGGAAUCUUUUUAUUUUUGCUUCGUCACAGUUACAACUAUUGGGUUUGGAGAUAUUGUACCUCAAAAUGCAGAUUUCUUGCCGGCGACACUUAUGUAUAUCAUCGUUGGCCUUAUCAUCACGACAAUGUGCAUUGAUUUGGUGGGCAGUGAGUAUAUUCGCGACAUCCACUUCUAUGGACGAAGUCUAGGGCGCAGUUUCAUGACAAUUGGCGGUAAAGUCGUCCACCUUGGGGAGGUAUUUGGUUAUGUUGCUUUUCUACAAAAGAAUUAUGGCCUUACUCCGGAGCAAAUCAACAAAUUGGCGCAAUUACCGGAGGAAUAUUUGCUCGAAUGUUUAAUAAAUGGAAGACAGCCUGAUUUGAACCGGAUUGGAGGGUGGCCAUAUGUGCCACCUGAUAUCUACUACUUCAAAUGGAUCGAGCAUCCACGAACGCUGUCAUUUGUCUCGGAACGUGUGCUAGCCAGUAUGGAAUCGCUGGAUCUGAACACGAGCAAGUGCAGCACAGCGAGGACGUUAACGCCACGCGAAUAUUACCAAAGAAUAUUGCUGCAGUACUGCAAACAAAUGCAGCCCGAUGACCACAUACCGUCGCCUCCUGAUAUCGAUGCUCAAACAGCAGUUACCGUGCUCAAAUAG